GCGGUCGGAGUAGCAGCAAGAAGAAAAGGCAGCCCCGGAAGAGGCGGCGGCGGCACGGACGGGCUUUGAACCCGCGCUCCGCGCAAGAUGGCGGUGCGGGGUUAGAGCGCGCUCGGAGUGGAGCCCGGGCACAAGCGGCACUAUCCUGACUGGUUGUUCUUAGAAACAUGAUCAUAUGAUGGCUUGAUUCCCAGGAAACAUUUGAAUGACAGACUGCCCAAAAAUGUCAAGUUCAGGUUACCCCCAAGGUCAAGGUCCAUUUGGUGCAGAACCAAACCGAUACCCAACUCAUGCAAUUCAGUAUAGCUUCUCCAACAGCAGGCACCAGCAGGAAUUUGCAGUUCCAGAUUAUCGCCUUCAGGAUUCACAGCUCUUACAGCAGCAGCAUCAGCAGCUGCGUAGACGUCCAUCGCUGCUUUCGGAGUUCCAUCCAGCCUCUGAUAGGCCUCAAGAAAGGAGGAGUGGCUAUGAACAGUCAUACCAUAGCGUGGCUGGACAGCCCGAUCACGAAUCAUUGGAAUCCAAACGCCCACGACUUGAACAGGUACCUGAUCCCCACUUUCAGCGUGCUACAGUACUGCCCUUAGCUCACCCAGUACCAGAGGGGCUUCGAGCACCCACAGAGGUGAAAAAGGAGUCUUUUUCAAUGAAGGCUGAUGUUCCAUCAUCACCAACGACCAAUCAGCAGGUUGGAGACGAACAAGAUUCAUCUCCUUCCAAACUAUCCAAAGAGGAACUCAUCCAGAGUAUGGACCGUGUUGACCGAGAAAUAGCCAAAGUGGAACAGCAAAUCCUCAAACUGAAGAAAAAACAGCAACAGCUUGAAGAGGAAGCUGCCAAACCUCCAGAGCCUGAGAAACCAGUCUCCCCUCCUCCAGUGGAACCAAAACAUCGCAGUAUCGUCCAGAUUAUCUAUGAUGAAAACAGGCAGAAAAAAGCAGAAGAAGCUCACAAAAUACUUGAAGGUCUGGGUCCAAGAGUAGAAUUGCCACUUUACAACCAGCCAUCUGAUACGAAGAUUUACCAUGAAAACAUCAAAACGAACCAAGUAAUGCGGAAAAAACUGAUACUUUUUUUCAAGAGGAGAAACCAUGCUCGUAAACAGAGGGAACAGAAGAUCUGCCAGCGUUAUGACCAGCUGAUGGAGGUGUGGGAAAAAAAAGUUGAAAGAAUAGAAAACAACCCCCGGCGUAAGGCCAAGGAGAGCAAGACCAGGGAAUAUUAUGAGAAGCAGUUCCCUGAAAUCCGGAAGCAAAGAGAACAGCAGGAACGAUUUCAAAGAGUGGGACAGAGGGGAGCUGGGCUUCCAGCAACUAUAGCGAGGAGUGAGCAUGAGAUUUCAGAAAUUAUCGAUGGACUUUCUGAACAAGAGAAUAAUGAGAAGCAGAUGAGGCAACUUUCUGUGAUUCCUCCAAUGAUGUAUGACACAGAACAGCGAAGAGUGAAAUUCUUGAAUAUGAAUGGAGUAAUGGAUGAUCCCAUGAGAGUAUAUAAGGAACGGCAGUUCAUAAACGUCUGGUCUGAGCAUGAGAAGGAGAUCUUCAAAGAGAAGUUUGUUCAACACCCAAAAAACUUUGGCUUGAUAGCAUCUUACCUGGAAAGAAAGUGUGUAGCAGACUGUGUUUUGUAUUAUUAUUUGACAAAGAAAAAUGAGAACUACAAGAAUCUUGUGAGGAGGAACUACGGCCGCCGCAGAGGAAGGAAUACGCAACAAAUUUCUCGCCCCUCACAAGAAGAAAAAGAAACUGAAAAAGAAGAGGAAAAAGUUGAAAAAGUAGAGAGAGAAGAAAAGGACGAGAAGAAGGAAGAGGAGAAAGAUGAUAAAGAAGAACCUCAAAGGGAAACUAUCAAAGAAAAGGAUAAACCAGAUACUGCAGGAGAGGAACCUGAAGAAAAGGAACAGUCUGCUCCACGAGGGCGGAAAACUGCAAACAGUCAGGGGAGGCGGAAAGGCAGGAUCUUGCGAUCCAUGGCAAAAGAAGCCAUCAGUGAAGAGCCGCCCAAUCCACCUCCUCCACCUGAACUUGCUGUCACUGAACCUGUAGAGACAUCUCGUUGGACAGAGGAAGAAAUGGAAGUGGCCAAAAAAGGACUUGUGGAACAUGGGCGGAACUGGGCAGCCAUUGCAAAGAUGGUGGGCACCAAAAGUGAAGCACAGUGCAAGAAUUUCUACUUCAAUUACAAGAGGAGGCACAACCUGGACAUGCUACUUCAACAGCACAAACUUAGAGUGCAACAGAUGUCACGGAGAUCUCGUGAGGACCGGGAAGUGUCUCAAUGUGAAAGCAUUGCUUCAACUGUGUCCGCACAAGAAGAUGAGGACAAUGAAGUGUCCAAUGAGGAGGAAAAUCCAGAGGACAGUGAAGGAGCUGAGAACAGCUCAGAUACUGAAAGUGCACCUUCACCAUCACCUGUGGACACAGGCAAAUCAAGCAAAGAAAGUACAGAGACGAACAAAUUAACUGAAGAAGAGCUCAAUCCCACAAGCAAAAGUUCUCCAAUUAUUCCACCUGUCUCACCAGCUCCAGCUGCUGCUUCGCCUGAACUGCAAGUUAAACAAGAAAUGAACUUAGGCUUUGAGGAGUCAAUGGAGGGGCAGAGGGGGUCUGAUGCUGAAGCAAAGCCUGUGUUUGAGCCUCAGGUGAAGCCCAAAACUGAACCUGUGGACGUGGAUAUGAAACCAGAAGAAAAUCUGCAGGUUAAAGUAGAGGUUGAUGUCAAAGACAAACAGUUUGAGAAGGCCAGACAGCAGGAAACAGUGGCAUCAGAGCUACUUGAUCUACCGCAGCCUGGACCACAGGUGGAAUCUCACUCAGACAAUGAUUCAAGUGCAACGUGCAGUGCUGAUGAGGUGGAAGAUGGGGAACCUGAGAGGCAAAGAAUGUUUUCUCCGGAAUCGAAAUCGUCAUUGCUGAAACCUCUGGGCUCCGUGUUGAUGACUUCAGCCAUGAAACCAGUUCAGAUGGAUAUCCAGCAACUACAGCAGCGAGCAGCCAUGAUUCCCAAUAUGAUGGCUGCACCCUAUGUGCCUACCACUGCACCUGUAAGUGGCCUCGCCCUAUUUCAGCGACACAUCAAGGCUAUGCAUGAUUCCGCACUUCAGGAGGAGCAGAUGCGACAAAGGCAAGAACAUAUGGACGCUGAGCGCAGAAAUUCUUCCAGUCCCAACAUCAGCAGCAAGUCCUGUCCCGUCUUGGACAGAGAAGGUAAGCCAUUUGUUUACAUGCCAUAUCAUGAGGCACGGCGUGUGAUGGAGCAGGAAUCACAGACAGCAGGACCCAGAUCCGCAUCACCAUACAGGCUGUCCCCAAGGGAAUCCUGUAAACUUUCUCCACAGCCAGAGAUGAACAACUUGCGGUAUAGUGUGCCACCAGUUCUUCAGCCUGCUCCACAUCAAAUGAUGCAAACCACGUCUGAGGGAGGGAAGUUAGUGAUUACCAGACCGGCCAGACCAUCGAACAUUCCCUCCCCUCCCCCCCUCAUUCCUUCAACAAAACCACCACUGUCCACCGAGAAGUCAUCAUUCAACAUGGGAAGUUCUAUUUCACAGGUUUCUUCUGGCACAUACCUAGCCCCUCACAACCAAGUAGCUUACAGCCAAGAAGCUGUGAAAAACACAGUGGGCUCCAUCUCCCUUGGGUUGCCACGGCAACAGGAACCUGUGAAACCCGGUCCAUUACAGUUUAUUAAACAAGAGGAACUGUCUCCCAGAAGUCAGAAUCCCCAGCCAGAAGGAUUACUCUCCAGGGCUACUUAUGAGACAAAUGUGGUCAGAGGUGGUCCUAUGGGAAACAUGCAGGAAGCAAGUCUAACACGAAGCAGCCCAGCAAGCAAGGUUUCUGCAGAAACACCACCUUAUCGAGGUUCCAUCACUCAGGGCACUCCAGGCCUGUCACAACAGGGCAUUGCUGCAGACACAUUGUUGAAGGGUGCAAUCAGCAAAUUAGCUGCUGAAGAAUCAGGCAGCCCUGAGCAGUCCAGAGAAGAGGCAAUAUCAAAAGGCCAUGUCAUCUAUGAAAGUAAUAGUGGCCACAUCCUGUCAUAUGACACUAUAAAAAACAUACGAGAAGGAACCAGGAGUCCCAGAACAGGCCACGAUGUCCAUGGGGUCAAGCGGACCUAUGACCUAAUGGAAAGCGGAUUAAGUCGAGUCCCAGUGCGUGAAUCCUCAGUAUCUGCACCUUAUGAAGGUCUCAUCAGUCGUGCAAGGGAAAGCCCACAUUUAGCAGAAUCUAAAGAUAGGUCUGUUCCAUCAGGAUCAAUAAUGCAGGGUACACCAAGAUCAUCCAGUGAGACCUUUGAAGAAAGCAUGAAGUAUGGUAAACAGAUCAAACGGGAAAGCCCACCACUGCGAACCUUCGAAGGGUCCAUCACAAAAGGCAAACCUUACGAGGGAGUCACUACCAUUAAAGAGAUGGGUCGCUCAAUCCAUGAAAUUCCAAGACAAGAAAAUCGCAAAACCCCAGAAAUUGUACAGAGCAGCAGAUCAAUUGUGGAAGGAUCUAUAUCUCAGGGAACCCCGGUGAAGCAUGAAAGCCAAUCUACCAUUAAGCAUGAUGUAAAGUCUCUGAUCACAGCCUCCGGCAAGCACCCGCAUCCCAUGCACCAGCUGGAGAUGAUCUCGGAGGGUGUGAAGGUCGUGGAAAGGAAGUAUGAAGACAUGAAACCUGCUGAUCAGCUACGAGGACGUCAUAGCGCAGUGGUCAGCUCUGGGACCUCUGUGCUCAGGUCAACAAUGCAUGAAGCUUCUAAAUCUCAGCUGAGUCCGGGCCUCUAUGAAGAUCCCAAUGCAAGGAGAACACCAUUAGGAUAUCCUGGCUUCAUUCCUAGGGGCCCACCAAUUGUCAGCAGACCACAAGAAGGUGUCAUGACUUCAGGGAAGUCCAGUGGACAUGAAAGGAAGACUACUCUGGUCCCAACACAGAGAGACAGCAUGUCUGUGAAGUCCCCUGUCUCUGUGGUGGACCCAUCAGCAACUCUCGGUCCUUAUGAUUCUCUCCAUGGGCGAGGGAAUCCUGAAUAUAGAAGUCAUGUUCCUCAUCACUUCGAGCAGACAAUGGCUUUUCAUCGAGCUUUAGACCCAGCUUACCUGUUUUCCCGGCAGCUUCCUCCAAAUCCUAGUUACUCUAGUCACUAUCAGCUGUAUGCAAUGGAGAAUACCCGACAGACCAUCCUCAAUGACUAUAUCACUUCUCAGCAGAUGCAAGUUAUCACCAAACCAGACGGCACCAGAGGAAUGUCACCACGAGAAACUUUAGGCGUUCCCUAUGCUGCCGGAUCCAGAGCAAUCAUCGAAUUGGGACCAGUGUCACACACCAUACUCGUGCCAGGUGGAAGCAGCACUCCUCCUAUGGAGAGAAUAACCUAUAUCCCAGGGAACCAAGCCCCUUACCCUGGCAGAUACAACCACUCUCCUAUAUCACCAGGUCACCCUACACAUAUGUCUGCCAGCGCAGCUACUGCAGAGCGUGAAAGGGAAAAAGAGCGAGAGAGAGAACGGGAGCAGAGGGAACGGGAACGGGAACAAAGAGAACGGGAGAGAUUAGCUGUGACAACUUGUGACCUGUCUUACCUUAGAGCAGGUCCUGAACAGACCAGUAGGCCAAGUAGCCAUGGAUAUGUCCGUUCUCCAUCGCCAUCGGUACGAACGCAGGAGACCAUCUUACAGCAACGACCCAGUAUAUUUCAAGGAGCCAAUGGCAAAGGGGUUAUAACUUCAUUGGAUGCAGCUACGCAGUCUCGGAUAAUGCAGGUACCACAGGGAGCCCUGUCCAUGGCACAGGGAUUGUCAGCAUCCCGCUACAACACUGCAGCGGAUGCCCUUGCAGCACUGGUGGAUGCUGCAGCCUCUGCACCUCAGAUCGAGAUGACUAAGGGGAAAGAGAACAAACAUGAAGCCCCCCGAGUGGAAGAAAUGACCGCUCGCAGAGUUUCUGAGCAGCAGCAGAACAUUCAUCACCAGACACAGCAACAGCCACAAAGUGAACAUGAGCGACGGUCAGUACAGUCACCAUAUUCAUCCACAGCCAAGGGUCAGGGUCAGUCCAGCUAUCCAGAGAACAUUAAGGACAAAGCACCACCUCCCAAAUCUAGGUAUGAAGAGGAACUCCGGACUCGAGGCAAAACCACAAUAACAGCAGCAAAUUUUAUAGAUGUGAUCAUCACCAGACAGAUUGCCUCUGAUAAAGACAGCCGUGAGCGAGGAUCUCACAGCUCAGACUCCUCCAGUAGUGUGUCUUCCCAUCGCUAUGACAUGCCCAGUGUGGAUGCGAUUGAGGUAAUCAGUCCUGCAAACUCACCUGUCCAGUCACAGGAGAAGGCUGAGCCUGUCCAGCCUGAGGCACACAAAUCUUCCCAGGGAGAUGGUGACCCUAAUACCCGAGGGUUUGAUGUGCCCAUGAGUCGUUAUAGGAUGAUGCAGAAGUCACCGUCUCCACAGCAGCAGACACCAUCUUCCCAGCCUGACAGCGUGUAUUCCUCUGUUCUUAACCCUCAAGUUUCCAAAACACACAAAUUGAUCACUCUCGCUGAUCACAUCCACCACAUUAUUACACAGGACUUUGCCCGAAACCAACCGAACAGCCCGUCAUCACAGCAGCCUCCAGUGUCUACAUUCCAAACAUCUCCAGUGCUCUCUAACCGAGGGAAGAGUUCCACUCAUUAUGGCACAGACUCUCAGUCACAGACCACUCAAACAGCUCUUCUUCAGAGACCACCAUCCAGAGUCUCUCCUGAAAAUCCAACAGAAAAGGGCAGAGGAAGGCCUGGGAAAUCCCCAGAACGAAGCCACGUUUCAUCAGAACCAUAUGAGCCCAUCUCACCUCCCCAAGCUCCUGCCAAUCUGGAGAAGCAAGAGAGUGUAGUGCAACCUCCUCAGCGAAGAGAGGCAGAGCCUGCUGAACAGAGGCUGCCCCCAAGUAAUGAAUGGCUCCCGAUGCCUUUGCUUGUCCGAAGAGGUCGUGCCCCAGAUUCUGCUACAAGGAGUGAGGCACGAUCUCCAGGGAAUGUGGGCUAUUUGCCAGCAUUCUUCACUAAGCUGGAGAAUACUUCGCCAAUGGUGAAAUCGAAGAAGCAGGAGAUAUUUCGUAAGUUGAACUCCUCUGGUGGCGGGGAUUCUGACAUUGCUAAUGCUCAGCCUGGGACCGAGAUAUUUAACUUGCCUGCUGUCACAUCAUCAGGUGUGGUUUCGUACAAAAAAGGUUCAGUCAGUUCUCGGAGUCAUUCCUUUGCAGAUCCAGCCAGUAACCUUGGCCUUGAGGACAUUAUCAGAAAAGCCUUAAUGGGAAAAUAUGACGAUAAAGGAGAAGAUCACCAAGUUGUGCUGUCCCACUCUGUAAGUGCAUCACAGGGCAACAUGAGCUCAUCGAUCCCUGUGUCCAGCGAUGCUCGGAAUGAGGAAGCCAAUCCAUCACCUCCAUCAGGCUCAACUGCGUUCCCUUAUAACCCGCUGACAAUGCGCAUGAUGAGCGUAGCACCAACUUCAAUCGCCUGUGCACCACCAGCCAUGGGUCAAGCCAGCUCACAUCCUCCAGCCAGGACGUGGGACCGCGAGCCAGCUCCCUUACUCUCCUCCCAAUAUGAGACAUUAUCAGAUAGUGAUGACUGAAUACGCUACCCUGGCUACGGUUUUAGUAGUUGUUUCAGGCCUGCAGACCACAGACAAGAGACUCUCCUCGAGCCCAGCUCGCCGAGUGCUGAAGUAAUGGAGGGUUUGCUCACAUAGGCAAAUGCAAAGCAGUGUUAAGUCCUCAGAUGAGCAGAUGCUGGGUGGAGAAGAAAUCGUGAUCACAGAUGCUCAUGUAGAAUUCACAAUGAAAGACACUUCCUGCUCUUCAUUUGUUUGUUUAAAAACUGUCUUUAAAUCAUUCUUGUGUAAUAUAGAAUACUGUACCAUUGUAUCAUGCUACCAAUCUUACAUUUUAAAAGAUCUUGAAAUGGUGAAUUGACUGUUGUAAACACAGGAAUUUCUCACCAGUGAGGUGAGCCCGAGUGACUGGUAUUCCAUAUUCGUUGUAAAUUAAGUUCCAUUUUGUCUUUAAUUAUUUAGCAGCAGUGCUAAGAUAUUAAUGCAUGGAUGUAUUAUGAUUCAUUGUAAUACAAAAGAAUUGAAGGGAGUAUAUAACCUGGUGUAUGUGGGCUCAGGAAGGGGCCUAACCCCAGUUACUGUGCACAACAAUCGCCCAAAGGGAAUGCGUUUUGCCUCCACCUCAUGCUUUUCCCUUAAUUAUUUCAGUCAUCUCUCCAACAAAACAAAAUACUAUUUUAAAGUUUUGGGAAAUGUAAGCAGGCCUUCAUGUUGCUUCCACAAGUUAUUGUGAGAAAGGAGUGAAGGAAUCUCUAAUUUCUGAGAAUGUUUAGUAAUUACAUUGAACAUAGAUAUCCAACAUAGAGAAUAACAAAGUUCUCAGUCACUGGUGUUCUGUUGUCAUGCAGUCUUGACACGAGUGGCCUGCAGGAGUCUGAGCUUCUGCUGUAUUCACAGAACAUUGUGGGGUUUCAGUGUCAGAUUCCUGCAGUAUGGGAAUAUGUUCCGUAACUGCAGAACUGCAUGUGAACAUCAAAAUAGAUAGGCAGUAAAAAUCUGAAUGGAGGAAUUGGUAAGAGUUUGCAUAACUAAUUCCAAACAUUACUGAGAUUGCUGCUGUGGUUGGCUACAGAUUAUUGGUCCCAGUGGAAUAAAUGCACUUAAUUCAGCUUUAAAUCCUUUGACUGUAGGGUGUGCAGCUUUUGAAAUGCAUGUUUAAUUUCUUUCUUGAUUCCCAAAAAACCCUGUAAAUUCUUUUGAUGCUGAAUGUUACACAGUAGAAAUUGAGGCAGCUCCACAAAUGAUUCCUUGGAAUGGAAUUAUAUCAUCACGUUAUUUUCCUUUAUCUAGGCCUGCGGACAGCCCUCAAAGCACGACACUUGCCUCCAGCAGAAUUCUUAUCUCAUUGCUGCACUGUUUGUUGUAACUGCAGUCCCCCUUCCUGCCAAAUAGCCACUCCAGGCUAACCUCUACCUUUUAAAAUAGCUCGCCAUUCCAAAACCACAACACAUUCAUGUAAAUGUUUAUUGAACUAAAAUAAAGAUGACAUCUGAUUUCAGUC